AUGAGUAAUUCCGUUUCGACCAGAAGGAAAUCAGUUCGGUCAAAUCGAAGUUCCAAAUCGUCGCGCGUGUCCAGCGUCGUCGCUCCACCACCCCAGGAAACCGUUCCCGAUCCUACUCCCGUCGACCUGACAAAGAAAUUGACCACGGAAUUUUUCGAAUCGCUUCUAGGAACGAUCAUAGUUGGAACGACACCAUUAACGGGCGAUAAACAAAACGUAGACCCAAACCAAGACGUCGAUGGCGAUUUCAAAAUAAUUUUCAAAAACGGAAACGUGUACGAAGGUCAAGUCGAACACAACCUCAUGCACGGAAAGGGAAAGUUUCGUUGGGCCGACGGUACAAUCUACGAGGGCUCGUUCGCAGAAGGAUACCCAGACGGCCAGGGUAAAAUCGUUCUUCCCGAUUUGAGCACCUACGAGGGUCAGGUCUCUAAGUCGUUUUUCCACGGACACGGCGUCUUCAAUAUAGUGUCCACGCCGAUACUCUAUUCGGGGCAAUGGCGUCAGGGGAGAAAAUGCGGCGAAGGGUGGUUACUUUACGCGGAAAACAAUUGGUACCAGGGUGAGUGGCGCGAAGACCAGAAGCAUGGACUUGGGUUCCGGCACUACCCGCACGGUGCGGCAUACCACGGAAACUGGUGCAGUGGUAAACCACACGGCCGAGGUUGGAUGGUGUGGGAAAACAACGAUCACUACACCGGCGAAUGGCGCGAGGGACUUCAAAACGGAUACGGCGAAUACACGUGGGGCGUACUGAACGGUGACGCAUUUUUUUUCACUAACAAUAACUCCUACGAGGGUAACUGGACGACGGGAAAGAGGAACGGCGAGGGAGUGAUGAAUUUCGGUCACGAGUGCGGCGCCAAACUGAAAGGCACUUGGAGAAACAACGACAAACACGGACCGGGUCUAAUGAUCGGCGGAAAUGGUUUAACUUCGGAAAGGAACCCGCUUUUCGAAAACGACGCACCUUUAUUGUUGCCUCAGCUAUCGACCACACGUUUGCCCGACCACGAUUCAUCCGAAGACGCGAAGAACGUCCCCGAAGGGACCCACCAAAACGACCACCUUCAGCCGGUACCGUUUUUCAGCGACGUCGAGGACAUCGAUUUGGAUUACUGGAUCGAAAUGGUGCUGAGGCCGUGCAAAUUUCUAAAAGUUUCCGAAAUCAGCACGAUCCAAAUCAAGAACGUGGCUCGCGGCGGUUCCGUCUGCUCCGCAGAUUCCAUGUCCAAGGUGAACUACGUGCCGUCGGUCAACGUGCACGUGUGUCCAGACUGUCCGGAACCGAGCGUCAGCAAGGAAAACCUCCCCGACAUCAACCAUGAGGCGAGGCAGCUGAAGAACCUGCUGAUCAACCAUCUUACCCAACUCAGAACCGUCUAUCGCGUGUACGCUCGUGGGGGAAACGUACUGGUACGAAUGUUUUUGUGGCAGCUACUGUGGGACAUCGAUCUGACCGAGAAAGAGGGCGUGCCGCUCGUUACUUUCGAUGAGAUCGCCGCUGGUCACCCGAAAGCUUGCUUCGAGACGACGCAUUGUCCUUGGGAGCCGAUUUAUUUUUGGCAGUUUCUUCACGCACUCCUCGGGGCUUGCUGCCUCAGCUUCCUCAACGGGAACAAAUGCGAAUUUACGCCCACGAGCGGGAUUAUGUAUUAUUUGUUCAAGGAUUUCAUGCAGAGGUUGAUGUCGAACGUCGGUCGCUUCAGAGGCCAUUGCCUCAACGCGUUAAAAGAUUUGGUGCCGAUCUCGGCCGUCUACAGCCUGUAUCGAAGCGUAGGCGAGCCGCAUCGCGUCGCUGAUUUCCUGAAACAUUGCGAUCUAUCAGGCGAGCGCGUCGCUGUGCCUUGCUACGAAACGAUCGACCUGGACAACCAACACAAAACUGUCGUCGUCCUGACCGGUAAAAACGUAGUGAACCUGAACAACGAGUUGCAGUACAAAGUCAGCUGUCAACGACGUAUAGAGGGAAGCUCCGAUGCAGGUUUAGGCAUGUCCGUGUUCAAAUGUCUGGGCAGGAAACGCGUCUUGCAAUGUCUGUCGAAUGUGUGCCCACAAAUUGUGAAGGACAACGGAAAGUUUUCGCUCAGUUAUAGGUUGUCGUUCAUCGAGUUUUACGAGGCGUUUCUGCUACUGGCAAGAGAGAAGGUGGGAGUUGGGGAAGAGGCGCACCAUGCUCCGAUUGUCAAUAGGGAAUCAAGUAAAAGGCGGAUAAGGCCGCCCAAAAAUAAAUGACGUUUUUCUGUGAUCUAUAAUUUUACCUUAUCCGGCCGAACAUGCUUCAAUUUUAUUGCAAAAGUAAGAAGAUGGAUAUUUAAAACCAA